UGGUUUCCGGCGCCUUUUUGCGAGCCGGGACGCGGGGAGGAGAAACUUAGCUAUUAGUGUGGCGGGGUCAUGAAGAGGAGGCGGUGGCGGGAGAGCGGAGGAGGCGGAGGGGCCGCGAACUUGCGGUAGCCAGCGCCGGGCUGGUGAUUGUGGCCGUGUGGCAGGGCGAGGCUCCCAGCCCUCGGGCAGAGGCCUGGCCCUGGGCUGAGCGCGGCUGUGGAGCCGCCGCUGCCGGUCCCCUGGCUCCGCCAUGUUCCGCAGGGCACGCCUUAGCGUGAAGCCGAAUGUCAGGCCUGGUGGAGGCGCCAGGGGCUCCGCCGCUCCCAACCCCCCGCGUGGACCCGAGGCUCCCCGGCCUCCCGAGCCUGCCACCGAGCCCGCUCCGAAGCCAGCCGAGCCCACAGAUGUGGCUGCGGUGGAUUCCGGGGCGGCCGAGCCCCAGGAGGAGGCUCCCGGGAGCAGUGAUGCAAAGACUGGCGAUGAAAAUAAUGAAGAGCCCAGCAGAUCGUCUUCUAGCGGUUCACAGAGAAGAACGCGGUUGUCGAGCACGUGUAGUCUUGUUAACCCUGCUGUCAGUGGUCCUCCUCAGUGUCACCCCUUAUCUACAGCUAAUCACGAUGCUCCACAGCCAAACCUUACUCCAGCUAAAGAGAGACAGCCGUGUUCAGAUAGAUACCGAAUAUAUAAAGCCCGGAAACUGAGAGAAAUGUUGAAAGAAGAAUUGAGAAAAGAGAAGAAACAAUGGAAAAACAAAUUUGCUACAAAUGAAAGCCAGAGGCCACCAGAUCGCUCAAAAAUGACUAUGAGAGAUUUCAUUUAUUACCUGCCAGAUAACAAUCCAAUGACUUCUUCAGUGGAACAAGAAAAGAAAACUGAAAAGUCUUUGGCUGCCCCCCUGACAAGAGAGCAAGAUGAUCAGAGCACUCCCGAUGCUGGUGAUAAUGGAGACGUGGAAGAGGAGGCGGAUGAUGGGCCACUGCUGGUCCCUCGAGUAAAAGUGGCAGAGGAUGGCUCUAUUAUUUUAGAUGAAGAAAGUCUAACUGUAGAAGUUUUGAGAACAAAAGGCCCCUGUGUUGUUGAGGAAAAUGAUCCUAUAUUUGAACGAGGCUCAACAACUACUUAUUCCAGCUUCAGGAAAAACUAUUACUCAAAACCUUGGUCAAAUAAAGAAACAGAUAUGUUUUUUUUGGCCAUCAGCAUGGUAGGAACUGACUUUUCUAUGAUUGGACAACUUUUCCCCCAUAGAGCAAGGAUAGAAAUUAAGAAUAAAUUUAAACGUGAAGAAAAAACAAAUGGAUGGAGAAUAGACAAAGCAUUCCAGGAAAAACGCCCUUUUGACUUCGAUUUUUUUGCUCAUUUGCUUCAGAAAGUUCUUGCUGAAGAAGAAAAAAGAAAACAAAAAUCUACUAAAUGUCAGAGUUCAAAAGAAAAGGCCUCCAAACCCCGGAAAAAUGUAAAAGCAAAAAAGGUAGCUAGCGAAGAAGUGAAUGAUGAUCCAGACGAGUCUGUAAAUAGUAACAUUUCAGACCCAGAAAGAUCUCAGAAAGGUGCUCAGACAUUUGCUGAAGAGGAACCACCAACUUCAUCAGGGCAGGAUUUAGAACAAGCCAUGUUAGAGCAAGACCAAAAUCAAGAGAGGAGAAGGAGCCAAGAUGAAGCUGAUAAACAGGAAACAACAAAUCCUGUGGGAAAUGUCCAUGUUGAGUUGAGCCCUCCUGAAGCAGAAACACGCAAGAAUACAUGUCCUUCUGAUGAAAGUGAAGGUGAAAGCAGUAAGGAACAGAUACCUUCCUUCCCACAGAACACAGAUGACAUCGAAGGCUUAGCAUCCAAUGAAAAGAUGGAGAUGAGAACUGACUCUGCCCCUUCCACAUGUAAUGAGCAGAACAUCAUGCCUCUAGCAAGUGAGUCCUCAGAGUCAAGUGGUGCAGAUUUGCCUGUGUCAGAAGUUGUGAGUGCUGCCUCUUGUGAAGUAAAUAAUGUUGGAAGAAUUUGUACAGAAGAAAGGAAUGUUGACCUAAAGAAUAAGCCAUCAGAAACUGAACAAGCAGAAACUGUUAAACCAAAAUCAAGAAGUCGACUGCAGAGACCUAAACCUAAUCUGUCAAGGGCAGCUGGGAAAAAACCAGUUGUUUCACAAGAUAAACAAGGUGAAACGAACAAGAAUUCACCUCCAGAAACUUCAUCUGAAAAGAAUCCCAUGGAAAAGGAGAGAAUGGACGUAUCUCAAAGUUUGGGGACAGAGAAUGCAGAAAGAGAGGCCCUAGGCACUGAAGCUGUGCCUGCUUUGAGUGGAAAAUCUUGUAUAUCAGAAGAUGGUCAACCAAAAGUCUUAAGACCUACACGACUAAUGAGGGGCCGAAUGCAAAGACCAAGGCCAAAUAUACGGAAAGCUGCAGAAAGAAAAGAUAUUCCUAUACUACGGGAAGAAAUUGGGGCCCAUGUAGAGAAGAACGAAGAUGAAUCUGGUGCUGAUAGAGAAAAAAAUGAAUCCCGUGUUGUGAUUCCUCAACAAGUGGAAAAUGAGUCACUUAAAAACCUCCAGUGUGAAGAUGUCAUAUCACAGCCUGAAAAAAAGGGUUCUUUUGAAAAUGUGCAGUCUGAUGAGCCCAAGUUUCUUGAUGAAUGCCCAAGUAUUCAAGAGGGCAAUAAAGCAAAUAAACUGAAACAAGCUCCAGUUCUAAGAACUCGAUUUCAGAAACCAAAACCAAAGCCAAAUGUAGGAAGAAGAAGAAUAGCCUCUAGAGAAGGGGUACCAGAAGAGAUUCCUGUUUCCGGAGAAAUAACAGCAGCUUUGGAAGAAACCACAAGGCCAGAUACUUCACCAUGGGAGAAGAUACCAAAUGUAACUAUUGGUGGUCUUACUGUUACUCCUUCCACUAAGGAAUUGGAAUCAGAUUCAAAAGACACCAGAAGAAAUGACAUAUCUUCUAAUAUGAAGAUGUCAGAAAUGACGGAUGUCACUAUGGAAAUGGAGAUAGGUUUGGAAACAAUUGGAAGAGAUAUUUCCUCAGGGGAGAUGGGAGCAGAAAUGAUUGACAUCCCUAUGGAAACAGAGACAGGCUUAAAUGAGAUUUCUCCUAUGGAGAAGGUGCCAGAGCUGAUUGAUACCACAGAGGAAAUUUAUACAAAUUUGGAAGAAACUGGAAGAAGAGAAAUCUUUCCACAGGGAAAUGGCCCCAAGGAGGUCACUCCAAUUAGUGAAACAGAGACAGGCUUGCCAGAAACUGGAAAAGAGUUGCCCACAGGAGACAAGACAGCAGAUAUGAUUGAUGGCACUGAAAAAGGGGAGGCACAUUCAGAAGAAACGGAAAGACAAGAGAUACCUGCACCAGUGAAAGAGGCAGAGGGGGCCAGGACCAUGGGUGAAGUGGAAACACACUUGAAAGAGAGUGGAGGAGAAAGUCCCCACAGAGGACACACAGAGGCCGCUCCCGCGGAGCUGCUGCUCACUGAGAUGGAUAUGUGCAGUGGCGCAUGCAGAGAAGAGGCGGGAAUGGAGCCGAGUGCUGUGGAAGACAAGGAGCCAGACCUGAAGCCGCCUGGGCACAGACACAUUUCCGUGAUGGCCCCGGAGGCAGGAGCAGGAGAGAUGCCUUCCAGUGAGGGGGAAACCAGCCAAGGUUUGAAGCAAACAGGAGAGAGUUCUGUCUCUUGGGAGAGAGGAUCUGGAGAGAUCGUCGUUGGGGAGGAAAUGGUGGCAGACUUAGAAAAAGCAGAAAGAGUAGAUGUUUCUCCAAGAGGCCGUGAACCAGAGGGUCAUACCUCAAAGCCACCCACAGCAGAUGUGAUUCAGAGCAGCAGUGGCAACAGGGGCCCCAGGCCUUCCCUCGAUAGAAAAAAUAUUAGCAAUAAAACAUCAGUGAUUCCUACAUUUGUGGAAGAAAAAGAAAACGCUGACAAGGAAGUAUCAAGUCACUUAAGUCAUGUGGAGUCUUCUUUACAGAAUUCUGGACACCAUGAAAUAGACCCAGGGAUACGACUUCCAGAUGUCCUAGGACAGUUUUCAGAUACCAACUUAAGCAAAUCUCUUCCUCAAGAACAGAAGCCACUUGAAGUUAAACCAGCUCCUUUUCUGAGAAGCCGAUUCAAAAAACCUAAACCAAACUUGUCAAGAGCAGCUAUAAAGAGGACAACCCCAGAAGCAGAGCCUUGCGUACCUGGGAAGAGACCAGAAGCAGACAAAAUGGUGACCACCAUGUUACAGCAGGACAUUGGGCAAGCCGAUUCUCCCUCUUCUCAACAUGUACCUUCCCUAAUGACAUCAAGAGAAAAUGAUAACUCGGGUCCCCAGGAGGAGGCUGUGAUACUGCCGUGCAUACAGACUGAAACGGAUUCUUUACCGCCUAAUUUAUGUGAACCUAGAGAGGAUUCUCAGUUAACACAGAACCAGGAGGCUGUGAUACUGCCGUGCAUACAGACUGAAACGGAUUCUUUACUGCCUAAAUUAUGUGAACCUAGAGAGGAUUCUCAGUUAACACAAAACCAGGAGAAUGGCUUAGUUGUUCCUAUUGGGACUCCGAAGAUGAACGUGGUCACACAAGAAGCAAAGCAGAGUGUCCAGAUUACUCUGCCAGUGAGAGGUCGACUUCAAAGACCAAGACCAAACGUACAGAAGGCCAGACAGAGACAAGUAGUAGACAGAGGUGAAGCUGAAGACAUGGCUAAGAGUGACGGGUCAGAGCUGUCCAGAGCUGAAGCUAAGACGUCCCUGGGGCUGGUGAACUCUCACAUUGAGAGUGAAGUUAAAGUUGUAUCCUGUGGAAUUUCGGAGUACAGAGUGAAUGAAAGCCACAGCCAUGUGGUUCCUGAAGAAAACUUAAAUAUUAACAAAACCAGUAUUUUAGAUGAACAGAUAAGUCAUGAAGGUAACUCUCAUGUGCCUAGUCCAGCACAGUUGCUAAGAAGGAGACUCCAAAGGGCUAAACCAAAUAUAGGAGGAGCACACCAUAAAAAAGAGCAUCCAUGUGUAGAAAAAGACACAACAGAGCAGAGCACAGCCCCAGAACCAGGAGACCGUGUGCUGCCCAAGGGAGACGUGGACAUCCAGCUUUCUCUAAAAGUAAGAGAGAAGACGGAGAUUCUGACCUCUCUGGAGGUUUCAGAAAGAAAAGAUUGUAUAGAUCCUGAGGAGUCGGGUUCUGACAGAAAUGAUGCUCAGCUGAAAGCUGCACCAGCAGGAGCUGCUAGGGAGGCGGCUGUUGAGGACCAUCCCACAUCAUCCUUGGGGCUUGAAGAGCAAGGUCUCAGUAAACAAAUUAGCCGUCCGCAACUAUUGAAAGAAUCAUAUUAUUCUAAAAGUGCUCCACAUCGAAGAACAACUCUGUCUUCUGCCUCUGAGUGUGAGAUAGACCACAGUGGGAAAAGAGCACAUAGGAAGAUGAAACCAAAUGUGACCAAAGGGCGUGGAUCGAAACGAAUUCGAGGUAAGACUGCUAAGAAGGAACCUAGAGCUUCCAAGUCCAUGUUGGUGACUCUUCGGGCUUCUCAGAAAGAGGAUGAAGAUGAUGCUGAGGAUUUUGAUUCUGACUAUGAGGAAGAACCCUGUCAUCUUGCCCCAGAAGAAUUAAACAAAGCACCAGUCUUUGUACCUGUUGGUCUCAGAUCCCCUGAACCAGUGUCUGCUCAGAUCGAGGAAACAAUGGAAGAGCUUGAGAUAACCAUGGAUGUUGCAGACAUAGGAUGUGUAACUGUUGUUGAACAUCAGCUUUCAAACAUGGAUGCAACAACUCAGGAUGUGCAACCAGAAAAAGAUUUGCAUUCAUCAUUUGAAAUGGUCGUAAGUGAACAGACUCAAGAAGAACCAGGUCCCAGUGAUGGAAGCACAGAAGCUGCCAUAACUUUACUUACAAUGGGAGACAUAGUAUUGCAGUCAGAGAUCAUCACUGACCAGGGUGAUGUAGGAGUAUGUGUAUUUCCUGAUGUUCAUUCAAAGGAUAAAAGUCAUGUUCCUUUUAGCCCAGAUAUUGUAAAUCACAAAAUUGUUCCUGAAUAUCAGGAAGUUUCUUCACCUGUCAUUAGUGCAUCGCCAGCAUCAUUUGAGGAAAACAAGACUGUACUGAAGGAGCCGAGCCCUAGAGAAGAGGCUGAUGUGAUGGGAGAAGUAAUGGAGAGCCGUGUGCCACCCAGGAAUACAGCGUCUACAGUGACCAAACAUUUGAGAAUGGAGAAUCCUUUUAUUUUAACUGAACCAAAUUCUGAGCAGAUCUUAGGGAUCUGUGGGCUUGAUGGCCAUCAGGAAGUUGCCAGUGUUUGUGUGACCAAAGGGACAGAAGGUGAAAUUCAAAGAGAAACUGAGGAAAAUGUUUCUAAAGCAGAAGAAUUAGAAGAUAAAAGCCUUGAGCCAGGAGAGACUAAGGAGCUGCACCAAUUGUCGUGCGUGCAUGGUGCUGAAGGGACCAUUGUUUCUCAGGAAACAAUCCUAAGAGCAAGAAGUGAAGGUCAGGAGGCGAAUUUGCAAGAGGUUCAGAUGCCGGGUGCUGCAGUUGCUUCUUCUGAGAUCGGGCCCCACACACUUGAUUCAGGUCAGGGUCUGGGUGAGAGCCCUGCUGAAGAGCCCCUCAGAGAAAACUCUAAAGACAGCAGCAUGCUCAUGCUUCAGGUGCCAGAGAUUGUACCAUCUAAUAUUCCCGAAGUCCAACAAGAAAAUAUGAUCAGUCCUCAAGACGUAACAGUGAAUCUAUUUACUAAUCUACAGCAAGAUGGAGAAGAUGAACAAGCAUUCAUUUUAACUUUGGUGGAAAUCCCAACUGAUGCAACAGAAGGAUUUACUGAUGCCUCCAUGCAGUUAAUGCCAAGCUCUCUACUGCCAGCACCUAUAUUGGUGAAAUCUGGGAACACAGUAGAAAGAGGGGACCUGAGUGGGAGUUUACAAGCAACUUCAGUUGUUCAAGAUGCCCUAUGCUUAUCUUCUGGAAGUAGUGAUUCUGAAAAGCUUCCUGCUAAGGUGGACCCUAUGUCUAGGAAGAGAUUUCAUUGUAGUCCCGAUGAAAACAUUCUUGUACCUCCUGCCAAGAAGUCUUCAGUUACUCCAGGAAUUGAUUGUCAAGAAUGUGCCUCUGAGGUAUGUCCAAAGGAAUUAAAUGUGUUUGAGAAAACAGAGGAGUCUUGCAUGGGACAAUGUAUUUUACCUAUCUCAGAGAGUACACAUACAACCCCCAAACCACAAAAGGAACACAAUGAACCAACUUUUCAGAAUGCAGGAACGAGAUCUCCUAAUGAAAUAAAAGAUCCAUGUGUGGAAAAGACUAUGACUCAGUUACCUCAGGAUGAGAUGGUGUCUGAUAAAGAAGAGAAAACUGAUCCUGUUUCCAGUUCCGAACAAAAGGAUAGCAUGAUGUCAUCAUCUUCAAAACCCCCUCUGAUCAGACCUGGCAGAAGACCUUUGGGAUUUUUGUCUUUAAUAUGUCCAAAAAACAGUUUGGACUCUGAUGAAGUGACUCAAACUCAUAGCAAGAAGCGCCUAAAACCUCAUAUUCCUAUAUCACGACGAAAUUUGAAAAAGUCUAAUCUAGUUAAUGCAAACCAGAAAAAAAAUGAAUCUUCUGAUCCCCUCCCAUCUCCAAGUGUUGUUACUGAUACUCAGUCUGAUAAUACUGGAAGUUCAGCAACUCAGGUUUCUUCUGAUCAGCCACCGAUAAAAGAAAAAUGUAAAAAUGGGCCAAAACGGGCAUCUGAAGAGGAGGCGACCACAGUCUCAGAGUUUGUCUUGGAUGACAUCUUCAUUGAAGUGGAUGAAACAGAAUAAAGCGCUCUUCUGGGCCUUCCUCCCCUUCCUUUCUGUUUUUGUAGUAAGUGUGAGACCUCCAGGUCGAGGAUGCUAGUAAGCAGUGUUCAGAAGAGCACCACUGCCUGUUUUUAUCUACGUCAGUGUGACUAUUUAAUGAGCUUAAUCUGCAACUUUUAUAAUCAGUGGGAAACAUUUCAUUCUGAAAUAACAAGCAAUUAAGAUUGUUCUCUCUGACAGACAUUUUUAACUUGUUUACAUUUGAUUCACCUUGUGCUGAGCACAUCUGGACUUGUGGACUAUGUGUAUCCACAUCUGUAUAAAUCAUAGUGCUGACAUACUUGGAGCCUGAUUGUAUCUAACAUUAGUGACCUUCUUUUGUAAAGGUGCUUUUGUUUGUUUGGGUCUUUUUGUUUGUUUUUGUUUUGAGGGUGAUAAAGGUCUGUUCAAUUGCCUGUAAGUAUAUGAAAGCAAAUUGUGAAACUCCACUUUGGUAUGGUAAAGUUAAAACUUUUCUAUUAUCAGACAUUUGACUGAAAAAUGUGUAUUUUUCUAACUCAUGGUGAUGUAGCAUUAGUUCUGACUGGAAGGUCUAGUAUUUAAACUUGCUAUUUAUAAAGAUGGAACAUCAGAGAUUAUUUAUUUUUAAAUUUUUUAUUUAAAAGUAUAUCCCGAUUUAAUUAUUUUCACUUAUCAGAUUUGGGCAAAGAAAGCAUUAACAAAUAAUUUGUUUCCUUUUCCUCUUUACUUUUAAAGCUAUUUUAAAAUGUCAUAACUAAAAAUGUUUAGGUAGUGAGUAUAUUUUGAAUACUUUUCUCAUACUUUAGUAUUUUGAAUUUGUACUGUGAAUUUUUUUGCUUUUCUUAUUUCUUCUCUUAUCUCAGGAUUUUCAUUGGAAGAAAAAAAAUUUGACAUAAGACAUUGUCAUGUAAAACAAUCUUCUACACACACACACACACACUCCUACUCCUUUAAAAAAAAAAAAAAUGAUAGGUAUUUUUUUCUCCCUACUAAAUUUUGCUCACAGGAUGUGGAGGCCUUUAACCACAGAACAUGAUUCUGAUGCUAAAGUAGAAAAUAUGUCAGGAUAACUUUGCAAAGCCGUGAUUGUCAUCAUUAUGGACUUAGGUGUUUUUAGCUUUGAGACUUAGUCAUUUAUGUAAGUGUCUUUUUUCUCCUAACAGAUUUUUCUUGUUUCAAAUUAAACUCCUCAAAGAGCUCAUAUAGCUAAGUACAUUAGCUCAGUAGUUAGAAAUUUUUUCCAGAGAUAUGUUUUUGGAACUGUAGACCGAGGGCCCUAGUGUAGGCUGCCAGUCCUUGUGGUUUGUGUGAGGGGCAGGGCUGCCCUGGGCUUUUACUUAGGCUCUGCACGUUAGGCUAUGGUUUCUCCUUUUCCCGUUAAGGCAGGGUUUCGUUCAUGUCCCAGACUGGCCUGGAACUGUGUAGAUGAGGGUACUCUCCAGCAGCACUGGUCCUCCUCUUCACUGCUGGGAGGGAGGGCACCACCGUGCACAUUUUCAUGACUAGAGCCCACAGCCUCCUGAAUGAUAGGCAAGUGCUCUACCAACUGAGCUGUCCCAGUGCCUAAGAGUAAAACACUGUUGAGUGUGUUAUGAAAUGAUCAAUACGUCAACUGGAAAAAUCUUCUCACAUCUAGGGAAGUUUCAUCUUUGUAUAUUGAUAAAAUGGUGACCACUUUUCAAGUUUCUAAAUAAAAGAGGCUAGGACUCGAUGAGUCUAGAGUGUUACUAACUCAUUGACACUUACUGUGAGCAUAUUUCUCAUUUUGUGGCUUAGAGUAAAAUUUAUGGUUUAACAUCUUUGUUAUAAAGGAAGAUCUGUAAAUUAGAUAGAAAUUCUCAAAAAUAUGCAUCUAUUUCAUGUCACAAAUGUCGCAAAAUCAUGGGGUAAUUCUCAUUGUUAUUUCAGUGUUGUUUUUGUAAAUUUAAAAAUUCAUAUUCUGUAAAUGUUUUUUCUUACUGUUACUUGGGUUAGAUCACUGCAACUAAACUAUUAUUUAUCCCUGUGUAAUAUUUAUUUUUUUAACAUCUGUCUCUUAUUUGAAAUAAACGGAUUUUAUGAAAGAUGUAACUUAUUGUAUAAAGAAUACAAGGGUGUUUGUUGCAUAGAGAAUCAAGUCAAGUCAACAAAUUGUCUUGCUGUUGCAGCCUCAGAGCAGGUGUUGGGAACAGAAACAUAAUCAGUGUUCUUAGCGUUAAGGGGGAAAGCUCUGCCAGGGUGUAAAGAUGUUGCCAGGAAUUUGUUGUAUAAAUCUUGAAGGAGAUGUGAUUAAAGGUCGGUACCUUUCCCUGACUUUUCCUUCCUGAUCACUUACAUCUUAACAGAUGGCCACUUGUGGUUUAAAACUCUGUGUUGAUAAAUGAUUAAAGCAUAGAUAAAAAAUUAACAUCUACUGUUUACCAUCAUAUUAUUCUAAAUGCAAGUGACCAUGUAUACUGCCUUGCUUGAAGGAGUUUUUUGAUAAAAGAAGCAAUAUCUGUCAUUUGUAAGUUUUCUUGUUCUAAAGAAAGCAGUUCUAUGUUCUGUAGAUAAAAAGUAUGUAAAUAAAAGUUAUUUUAUAUCA